AGAGAGAGACUGAAAAUGGAGAAUGGAAGAAGCGAAGAAGAAGAAGAAGGAUACGAUAGGGCCAAGGAGGUGAAGCAAUUCGACGAUUCUAAGAUCGGUGUAAAGGGGCUCGUUGACUCUGGCAUCACUUCAAUUCCUCGCUUCUUCAUCCACCCACCCGAUUCUCUCCCCUGCACUGCCACCGCCACCGCCACCGCCACAGCCACCGCCGUCGCCGUCGCCGUCGCAGCUCCUCCUCCUCCUUCAUCUUAUGUCAUCCCCACCGUCGAUCUGUCCGGCUUUGAUUCAGACCGUAGAUCGAUCAUCGACAACCAAAUCCGAGACGCCUCCCGUACGGUGGGCUUCUUCCAGGUCACCAACCAUGGUAUCCCUUCCGAGGUUCUCGACCGUAUGAUCGUUGCUAUCAAAGCCUUCAACGAGCAGCCGACGGAGAGCAAAGCGAUCCACUACCAUCGCCAGUUGGAACGCAACGUAUCAUUUACUUCCAAUUCCGAUCUCUACAGAUCGAAGGCUGCUUGUUGGAGGGAUACGAUAACAGUAAGGUGGGGCCCGAAUCUUGACAUCAGUGAAAUUCCGGAGAUCUAUCGAAGUGAGAUUGUGGAGUGGGGCCGGCAUGUUCAACGGUUAGGAGAGACGUUGAUGGAGAUCUUGUCGGAAGGCUUGGGAGUGGAAGGAGGGAGGUUGAAGGAGUUGAGCUGUACGGUAGGGAAGAUCAUGAAGGGCCACUACUAUCCGUUCUGUCCCCAACCAGAUCUAACGGUUGGGAUUGCGACUCACACGGAUCCAGGAGUGCUGACCGUGUUGCUGCAGGACCAGAUCGGAGGGUUGCAGGUGAAGCAUGGGGAGCAUUGGGUGGAUGUUCAGCCCGUACGUGAUGCUCUCGUCAUCAACAUUGGGGAUCUCCUCCAGAUUAUUUCCAAUGAAGAAUACAAGAGUGUGGAGCACCGAGUGUUAGCCAAUAAUCUUCGCCAACCACGCAUCUCAAUUGGUGUUUUCUUCAAUCCAAGCAAGAGAGAGGACUUCUAUGGACCCCUUCCAGAGCUGAUAUCACCAGAUAAACCAGCCCUUUACCGGUCAUUUAAAUUGUCAGAAUUCUUAACAAUGUUUCUCAGAACAGAUUUUGGCAAUAAACCUUUGAUAAAUUACUUUCAUCUGUGAUUA